AUGGCCAACUAUCUCGCCUCCAUUUUCGGUACCGAGCAGGACAAGGUCAAUUGCUCCUUUUACUACAAGAUCGGCGCAUGCCGUCACGGCGACCGUUGCUCUCGGAAACAUGUCAAGCCUUCCUACUCGCAGACCGUCCUCAUGCCGAACAUGUACCAAAACCCUGCCUAUGAUCCCAAGAACAAGAUGAACCCGAGUCAACUGCAGAACCAUUUCGACGCCUUCUACGAGGACGUAUGGUGUGAGAUGUGCAAGUACGGUGAAAUCGAGGAGUUGGUUGUCUGCGACAACAAUAAUGACCACUUGAUUGGCAACGUCUACGCCCGAUUCAAAUACGAAGAAGAUGCACAGGCCGCUUGCGACGCAUUGAACUCCCGCUGGUACGCUGCGCGACCAAUAUACUGCGAGCUAUCACCCGUGACGGAUUUCCGAGAAGCCUGUUGUCGACUGAAUAGCGGGGAAGGAUGUGUGCGUGGGGGGUUCUGCAACUUCAUUCAUCGUAAGGAUCCUGGCCCUGAGCUGGAUCGGGAUUUGCGAUUGAGCAUGAAGAAGUGGCUCAAGGAACGGGGUCGCGAUGCACGCAGCGUCAGCCGCAGCCCGAGCCCCGAGCCGACUCGGCGGAGGUAUUAG